AUGCAUUCCCAUCUGCACACAAAAGACAACAUCAACUGCGAGGAGGUCAUGACAAUGCUGGACGAAUGCCACGCAAAGGGCUUCAUGCACAAAGUCUUCGGAAACUGCAACGAUAUCAAGCGAGAAGUCAACCGCUGCCUGUACGCCGAGAGACUGAAGCGGGCAUCCCGGAACCGAGAGAAGGCUAGGGAGAACAGGGCGAGAAUCGAGAAGCUGUGGGACGAGGAUGCCGCACAAGGACAGAUGAAAUCGAGCAGUUAA